UGCAGUAUGCGGCGCAAUUCCGACGCUCCUGAACGCAACACGCUGAAUCGAGGACAUGGGACCGUGAAAGUAUGGCGGAUGUCGAGGAGCCGGAGAAGAAAAGAAGGCGAAUAGAGGACCUGACUGAGAAAAUGGCUGUAGAUGCCGGACACAGGGACGGUGGCUGCGACUGGGACGGCCGGUGGAAUCAUGUGAAGAAGUUUCUGGAGAGACCCGGCCCGUUCACCCAUCCUGACUUUGAAUCGAGCACCGAGUCUUUGCAGUUUUUGUUGGAGACGUGCAAGAUACUGGUCAUCGGUGCGGGAGGACUCGGGUGUGAACUUCUUAAAAAUCUGGCACUGUCCGGGUUUCGCCUCAUUCAUGUGGUUGACAUGGACACUAUUGACGUGUCCAACCUAAACAGGCAGUUUCUUUUCAGACCCAAAGAUGUCGGUCGACCAAAGGCAGAAGUGGCAGCUGACUUCAUCAACGGCCGUGUUCCAGGAUGCAAAGUUGUCCCUCACUUUAAGAAAAUCCAAGAUUUUGAUGAGUCGUUCUACCGGCAGUUCCACAUCAUUGUCUGUGGACUGGACUCCAUCAUCGCCAGACGCUGGAUGAACGGGAUGCUGAUCUCUCUCCUGAGCUAUGAAGACGGCGUCCUGGACCCCAGCUCCAUCAUCCCCCUCAUCGAUGGAGGCACAGAGGGGUUCAAAGGAAACGCCCGUGUUAUUCUGCCCGGCAUGACCGCAUGCAUUGACUGCACGCUGGAGCUGUACCCGCCACAGAUCAACUUCCCGAUGUGCACCAUCGCGUCGAUGCCGAGGUUACCAGAACACUGCAUUGAAUAUGCCAGAAUUCUACAGUGGCCCAAAGAAAAGCCAUUUGGAGAGACGAGUUUAGAUGGAGACAAUCCGGAGCACAUCCAGUGGGUGUUUGAUCGAUCCCAAGAACGAGCUGCAGAGUUUAACAUCACAGGGGUGACGUACAGACUCACUCAAGGAGUUGUGAAGAGGAUUAUUCCUGCCGUGGCAUCGACUAAUGCUGUUAUUGCUGCUGCCUGCGCUCUGGAAGUUUUUAAAAUUGCCACCAGCGCAUAUAUUCCUUUAAACAAUUACCUGGUCUUCAACGACGUGGACGGACUGUACACCUACACUUUCGAAGCCGAGCGAAAGGAAAACUGCUCGGCCUGCAGCCAGGUGCCUCAGGAUCUCCAGUUCCCUCCUUCGGCCAAAUUACAGGAGGUCUUGGAGUACCUGACGGAGAACGCCUCGCUACAGAUGAAAUCGCCGGCCAUCACCACAACUCUGGAAGGGAAGAACAAGACGCUGUACCUGCAGUCUGUUAAAUCCAUCGAGGAGCGGACCAGGCCGAACCUCUGCAAAACUUUAAAGGAGCUGGGCUUGUCGGACGGACAGGAGCUGGCCGUGGCGGACGUCACCACACCCCAGACGGUCCUCUUCAAGCUCAACUUCACAGCUUGAGGCUCCAUUAGAA